CGCACGCCCGCGGGCUGCGCGCAGCAUGUGAGCUGCGGCCCCAGAGCUGGGAGCGACGGAACGCCGGCGCCGGGUGCCAGCAUGGGGCUCGCUCUGCUCCUGGGACUGCUCCUUUCCCGAGCCGGAGACCCCCUGGCUCUGCCACGGAGCGACUGCCUUGUGGCAGAACAGCUGUGCCUGUCAGACUCCAGCUGCAAUGCAACCUACAGAAUCCUGGAAAACUGUGCCCUGGCCAAGGCUCGCUCCCUUCCACUGGAUCAUAGUAGCAGGGUCAGGUGUCUGAACGCAGAACUAGACCUCGGAAACAGCUCCUUGCUGCACUGCAAGUGCCACCGGCGCAUGAAGAGACAGGAGCACUGUUUACGUGUUUUCUGGACCGUUCACUCUAGUGUGACAGAUGGUUAUUUCAAUUUGGAAACCUCUCCCUAUGAGAAUCCAGCAAAUGAAGAACACUGGAAAACAGAUUAUAAUAAACUGGCAGCUCUGUUGUCAGGCUCACAGAUAGCAGGAGAUAAAACAAAUCCGUGCCUGAAAGCAACUCACGUCUGUAAUCUGAGCAAAAAGUGUGUUCGCCUGCGCACCGACUACGCCUCUAUCUGCACCAGGGGAGCAGGAAGUGAGGACACAUGCGACCGCCGCAAAUGCCACAGAGGACUAAGGAAUUUCUUUGAGAAAGUCCCUGAGGAUUUCACCAAAAGGAUCCUAUUCUGUCCCUGUCAAGAUGAACUUUGUGGAGAACGACGCCGGAAAACUAUCGUUCCUGAUUGUUCCUUCCAAUAUAACACCAAACCAAAUUGCCUCUGGCUUCUGGACUCCUGCUUAGAAGACCAUAUCUGCAAAUCCCGACUGGCUGACUUCCAACAAAAUUGUCAACCUGCAGACAUGACUCCAGAUGGUUGCUCUCAACACAACCAUGCUGCAUGCCUGGAGGCUUACAUGGGGAUGAUAGGCACACCCAUGACACCCAACUAUGUCAGUAACUCCAGCGUGGAGGUAUCCCUGUGGUGUACGUGUGAGAGCAGCGGCAACCAGAAGGAGAAGUGUGACCAGAUACUUGGCAUGUUUGAGAGCAACAAAUGCCUUGAAAAUACCAUUUGGUCUCAAAUGAACCUGAAGCAGACAGCUCUAGAAAGACAGGAAGACUCGUUUUAUUCAUCUUCCCUAAGCUUCCAAGGAGACAGUGCCAGCACAUCUCUUGCUUCAGAGAUGUCCCAGGUGGCUGAAGGGAAGACACAGCGAGACAUCUCUGAACACAGCAGUAUGCCUAUGGCCUCCUCUGUGUAUUCUGGAGCCUCUAUUUGUUGGCCUUCUCUUUCUCCGUUCCUGCCCCUGUUGCUAAGCCCACGUUAACUUGGCAUAAAUGGCAUCUUUCCUUCCCAUAUUAUUAAAUAUUAUUCCACAUGCAGGCACUUACCCCUACUGAUUUAUCUUUGGGAAAAGGAAGGCUUCCAGAAAAGAGGAAUGGAACAGCCUUAACCCAGAAUGGCAGUCACUGAAAACCUCUGCUCAACCUGUACCCCGCAUUCCCUCAAGCAAUUUGCACUGAACUCUGCAGAUAUGGUGCCUGCCAUUGCUUCUGCCAUGUUAGCAUUAUGAGCAGCAAUUAGGCUAAUAUUCCACUGCAGUAUUUUAAAACAAAGGUCUGAGUUUUGUCAGAUCUUGUGCAGGGUAUGGUUUCUCACUGCAGGGAGGGACCUGACACAGCAUGCCCUACCACUCCACCUUUGGGAGCUCUUCCUCAGGCAUACAACUGUAGAAUGGUUUGGGUUGGAAGGGACCUUUAAAGGUCAUCUAGUCCACUCCCCCUACCAUGAGAGACAUUUUUUGCUAGAUCAGGUUGCACAAAGCUCCAUCCCAUCUGGCCUUGAAUACUUUCAGGGAGGGGGCAUCUGCAGCUUUUCUGGGAAACCUGUUCAGUGUCUCACCACGCAUACAAAAUUUCUUCCUUACACUCCAUCUAAAUCUACUCUCUUUCAGUUUAAAACCAUUGCCCCCUGUCCUGUUACAACAGGCACUGGUUAAAAGUUUCUCAUGAUCACCUUUAUACGUUGAAAGGCCACAAAAAGGUCUUCUCAGAGCCUCCUCUUUUCCAGGCUGAACACACCCAAAUAUCUUAGCCUUCCUUCAUAGGAGCCCUCUCAUCACAUUUUUGUGUCCCUCCUCUGGACCUCCUCAAACAGGUACAUGUCUGUCUUGUUCUGGGCACCCCCAGACAUGGGACUCCACACAGGGCAGCAUGGAGUAGAGGAGAGGAGGAAUACAUCUCUUGAUCUGCUGGCCAUGCUUUCUUUUAUGCACUCCAGUAUAUGAAAUGGUUUUCUGGGCUGCAAUGGACGUUACUGGCUCAUACCUAUUUUUACAUCCACUGGUAUCCACAGGUCCUUUUCUACAGGGCUAUUCUCAAUCCAUUCAUCACCCAGUCUGUACUGAUAUUAGGGAUUGUCACAGUCCAGGUGCAGGAUCUUGCACUUGGCCCUGUUGAAUUUCAUGAGGUUCAUGUGGGUCCACUCCUCAAGUCUGUCAAGGCAUAGAGUACUAUACCAUCCUAAAGACAAGAAAUCCAUGCUCCAGAGUGGGUUUCAGGUAAAGCUCAAUAAAUGUACACAUAAAAUCCCUGGUAAACACCAAUUUUGUAUUACUUUCAAUUCCCUUUUCAAAUCCAUUCUUAUAAGAAAAAUACCAUCCAAGAUCAAGGACACUAUGUUUUAUAUUCUUUUUCCUUUCUGUUUUGUACCUUGCAACACAGAUAUGUGUCAUCCAUUAUCAUGGCUAGCAACAGACUUGGGUUUUGUGGCUUUCUGUGCUCAACCCCAGUAAAUUCAGUCAUAUCUAGCAAAGGAUGACCUUCCCUGGCAUGAGGAAGAACCUUUUUAGUAAUGUGUAGAGAAUGUAUAUAGCUCACUGAAGCUGUAUUGACCACAAAACCCCUGGGACAUUCAGUUGCAACUGGAAGCUGCAACUACCUUCUCCCUCUCCACAUAUUCAAGUUGUCAAUAUCACUCUCCACACUGGCUGCCCAGUCUCUUUGUCCUCUGCCAAACUCAAUUUCAUGACCUGUUUAUUCUGAAUGUAAAUGUGUGCACUGUGUAACUGCUGUUAUUUUGUACUGCAUUUGCCUGUUAAAAUGUGGUGUUAAGUGAAUAUUGAUUUCCGAGCAUAGGUUAAUCGUCCACAAUCAAUUGUGUGCAUGAGUUGCCUCAUCAGCCAGCCUACGCUUUCAUGAUAGCUAGAAACUCAGCUCCUCUGUGCAUGCAUCGAGUGCCCAUUGCUCAUCCUAUGAGGUACAACAGCUCUGAACAGUAUUAUACACAGACAAACAGUAUUACAAUCCUUAACAGAUGCCAAACAGGUGGGUAUUUCCUUUUACCCCAUGCUUUAUCUGUUGUGAGGGAAGCAGCUGCUAGGUUGUAUGCUGUGGUUCCCGGUUACUAUCAGACACUUUCUUAUUACAGAAUCUUAUAUUGUCAUGUGUAUCAGAGUAACUGUCCUUCUGCAGUGGUAAUAUUUAUAUUUUAAAUUCCAGCCUGCUUCCUGGGCAGAUAGGACAAGGAAAUCACUGCAUGGAGCAGAACCAUCUCCUCUGGCACAAUGAAAGCAACAUCUUGUUUCUAUGCAGUAGGAACAAAUAUGUCUUCUUAAUAAACAGGAGCAUGAAUGCUGGUAUUUAUGAUUAUGCACUGAAAUAUAGGUAUUUGGAUCAAGACACAGCACUGUUUCCACAUGUUUGCUACCAUUCUUUAAUGGAAACAGAGCCCAUGGUACCAUAUUCUAAUAUCUAUGAGACUGUCCUCCACAUGGUGCAACAAGAAACAUUUGAAGACUCUUGACUGUAAUGUAAUAGUGUUUGUCAUUUCCAGAAUUUAAUGGAGUGUGUGAAGAAGAAAUUGUUUUUCUUUCCAGUAUUCCACAAAUUGGUGAGGAUAUGUGUGAGAAUAAUUGAGUAAAUUUCCCUGAGCUGUCUGUACCACACACAGAGUAUACUGCAUUUAUCUUCUACUUGCCUACUCUGUAAUCUUUCCUCUUUCCUUGCUUCAGUGCUCUAAGACAGGCUGAUAUGGAAAAGAUAUUAUCAUUUUGUUGAUCAUAUUCAGGGCACUGCAGACCUUUACCCCCUUACUGCUACCAAGAAGGUUAUUGCAAUUGCAGCUUUCUAUUGUGUCCUGGAUUACAUAGGAAAAUGUGGACAGCUCCUGCUCUAGACUGAAGUUAAAGCAAAACAUGUCAGUUUGGGUUUUUCUCCAAGUGUCCAAUGUCUCUUUUGCAUGGAUGUAUGCAGUUCUAGAUACAUGAUGUCCUCUUAGGCUUGUUGAUCAACAACUGCAAGCAAAAUUCACCUCUAAAUACACCUGCAUUCACAGGUAUUUACAUUGGUAUGAGUAUAAACUCCUUUUCAUUUAGACUUUUGUAGCACCUGUCUCCAAAUAUCAGUCAACUACACAGCAUACAUGCAUGGACAAGUAUAACUACUACUAGAAACAUGCCAAUAUCAGUAUCGGUUCAGUUUUGUUUGUACUACCAAUGUUCAAAGAUGGAUACAGUUACCUCUACCCACUCAGAACAGCUCUUACUUAACCAUACGACAGGACAAUUUACAAAAACCCCUCAGUUUCUAUUCUCCAGAACUGGAACUACAACAUCUGUGAGUAACUUUGGUCUAAAUAAGAAAAUAAUCUAAUAAACUUUCUCUGUCCCAACAGUCUUAACAUUGAGCUGCCAGCAAGUGUACACAAGGAUGGAACCUUCUAAUUGUUGUAAUGUAGAUUAUUUUUAAAAGUGUAAAAUAAUGCCAAAUAUCACUAAUAAAAUUUAUCUUGCAACUCUUGAA